AUGUUUCAGUGGUGUGGUAUUUGGCUCAAGGCGGGCAGUCGCAGCGGCACCCCGAACAUGGGCAAACUGCUGUACGGCAGGCGGAAGAACGCCCUUCACACGACAAGCAAGGCGAAGCCUUCUGUGGUGGGGAUGCUGCUGCAGGUGCCGAUGGCAGAGCUGCGCCAGGCAGCACGCCGCGCAGCCGGGAUGCGGGAGCUCAACAAGGACACUCUCGCCGAGUUGCUAAAAAAGUGUCGCGCCGUCAACCGACUCGACCGCGCAGAGGUCGUCGUUGAGGUGGCCGACGAGAUGCGUAUGGCGUUGACGUCGUCACACUACUGCACACUAAUGGCGCACGCGAAUGACAACAAGGACUGGCAGACUGCUCUGCGCUACUGGGAUCGUGCGUGCCGUGAAAAGAAGACAAAUGAGAAACUACAUGGUGCCUUGUUAGCCUCGUAUCGCGCGGCAGGUCGUUGGAAGGAUGCCGUGCAGCACUAUAACGCAAUGAUUGAAGACAAGAUGGUCCUUGAGCCCUACGCGCUUCACACUGUCAUGAAUACUUGUCGAAAGGCAGAUGCCCACAACGUGGCGCUCUCUACAUUCUCCAAGGCAGUUAGCGCGGGGGCCACACCCAACAGCACGGUGUAUCUGGAACUCCUGCGAUGCCUGCAGCAAGCGCGUGUGCCCAACCGGUGGAAAAUGAGCUUGAGUAUUCUCAACUCACUCGAGGGGAAAGUAGAUAUGACAGCUGGACUGUAUAACGCCACCAUGUCAACGUUGGGCGGUGCAGUCUGGGAAAAGGGCGUGGAGUUGUUUAACACAAUGAAGGCGAAGAACGUCCAGCCGAGCAAGGAGACCCUCGCUACAUUGGUGGCACUGAACCCGAAUAAUCUGUCACACACUGUGCAAUGCAUUGCAGAGGCGCACUCGCUCGGAAUGCCUGUGACGGACGGCAUGUACCGCGCAGUUCUCGCCAAUCUCCUGCGUCUGCAGCUUGACCACGAGGCCGUGCGGUUCGCUGAGAGCGAGUACAGUCGCUGCACCGCCGAUCCCGGAAACCCUGUAAACUCGUCCCUUGCGCUGAGUCUCGCCAUCAUCGACUCUCUCUUAGCGCACAGUCGUCCGCAGGAGGCUGUGUUGUUUUCCACCAUCUUCGAGUCGAGGCUUGGAAAUGUCGUGGGGGCCGCAACGCGCGGGCUUGGCAGCAUCGGCCUCCAGACGCAACGUUGGAUUGUUCAGGGCCGUGUUGCGGUUGUGGAUCACAACGUCCUGCUUGACCCCCAGUUCGAGUCACUUCUUUCCCAUUACGACUCGAUGCUGGUGCCCUUCUCAUCGGUCCGGCUGCUCGUGCGUCGGGUGCGGGAGGUGGCUGGCACGGCGAAGGGCCGCCACACCAAGAAGAUGCUAAAGCGGCUCCAGGAGUUGGCGACAACUCCUGCACCUCUGCGCGUCUUGUCUCUCGCUCACCAACUCAACGCACACACGUAUAUUGUGGACGGGCCCAUCACAAAAAAAUCCGUUGAGUUGCUGCGGAAGGCCGUUCGAGAGGAGGAGAGCGAGAAAGAGCAAUUGAAGGACAAGGACGCGCCGCUUCUGAUUCGCAGGAGCGACGGUCUUCCCUCCGCCCUCGAGCGCUUCGAUGAUUCCCUUAGCAUUUGUGAAAGGAAGGAAGUGGAGGCGAUGGCUGCAACUACUAUUGUGAAGGGUGACGAGUCCUCUGUUAACAGCAAUAGCAGAGCGGCGUUGAAGAACCCAGAACGUCUGACGGCUCCCGAGCGAGUGCUUGCCGUAGCGGUGAUGCUGAAGUCACUGAAUCCUGACGCCAGUGUGCAUGUUGUGUCACCAAAUCCGGUGCAGUUGCAGGUGGUGACGAAGUGGAACGAGCGGUGUCCCGCCACGACCUUGACGGCGGUACGAUACCCCGAUGAGGUCUCCAUCAAGGCCCCAGCGGAGGAGCAGCAGCAGCAUCUUAUAACAGACGCCGGUGAUGAAGAGACGUUGGUGAAGGGAGAGAGGCAGCAUAAUCGAGAUCUGCGCCCUGAAACGAGAAAACUAUUCGUUCCGUCGUGA